AUGGCGAUUUGUAGCAAAUGUGGCUCGGAUUCUGAUGUGGGCUUGACUACCUGCAGGCACGCGUCGGUGUGUCGUCCCUGCUUCAAAUCAAUGGCGAUCAAUAAAGAAAUCUGUUCUUCCUGCGGAGUGAUGGCGACGCUUUGGAUUCAGGAAUUCGAUGUUCGUUUGUGCCCAGAAACUGAUAAGAACUUCUUUGGUGCUACAUUCGGAGGAAAACCUCUUCCGGACCUUAAAGGCCAUCAAUUGUCUCUCUACAAAUCUCCCAACCUCGGUCAGGAAUCAUCGAACAAGAAAGAGCCAUGGAUUUUAAAGGAUCUAACCAGCAACGUCGAGUAUAAGGGUCGUCAUGUAAACCCUAAGACAACAGAACGUAACUUUUUCUUAAUCCGCCAAGAGGAUGGUAGUUUUGUGGCAACUCCUGCUUAUGAUUGCUAUGAUUUUGAACGAGUUAGAAAGGAAUGUGAAGCCCCCAUUGAGCAAGUGGAAGCAGAGAUGGCAAGUCGCAAAAGAGCUGAGGCGAAGAUGGACAAGCGCAUUCAAUCCUUGAGGAGAAAUCGCAAUACAGAAAAACCACCUCCCCUCAAUAAGGAAGAGGAAGACUCUGAUGGGCAAGGAAGUAGCUCUGGGCAGAGCCAGAGAGAUGAUUGGGACCAUGUGGAUAGUUUCUCUGAUGACGAGGAAGUUAGUAUGGAUGAUAUCGAAAGUACAUUUCUGGUUUCUGAAGACGAUGAUGAUUCUCGUUUGAUCAUGAAGAAGUCUAAGAGAAGGUUGAAGGGAUCUCAUGGAACCAAACUAGAUGUCAAGGACGACGCUGGUGCAGCAGGACCGAGCGAGAAGAUAACGGGACUUGAGGGAAACACUGGCGAUGUUGUGAUGGAGAACACUCAGGUCAAGGAGGACGCGGGUGCAGCAGGACCGAGCAAGGAGAAAACGGGACUUGAAGGAAACCCUGACACGAUGAUCGCAGCAGCACUUGAGGAACGUAAGAAGGAUAGUACAGGAAUCGAGGAGGAACAUAGUAUGCACAUAGAAGGAUAG